GUUGUCUCACCUUUUUUACCCGGGAGGUUUUUGGGAUUUUUUUUUUCGGGAACGAAAAAAAGGGGGGAUUUUGGACCAUGCCUGCUGAAGUGAAACAGGAGCAGAGCCCCAGUAACGCCACAUCCCUGGCCAUGAUGCAGGAGCCGCAGGAGAUGGUGGAGGAGACGGUCACCAUAGAGGAGGACCCAGGAACCCCCACCUCCCACGUCUCGGUGGUCACCUCUGACGACGGCACCACACGGCGCACGGAAACCAAGGUCACUAAGAUGGUGAAGACGGUGACCACACGGACAGUGCGACAGGUGCCCCUCGGCCCCGAUGGCUUGCCUCUGCCCGAGGGUUCGUCCCCACUGGGCAACUACACCGACUCCAUCGACAGGCGUUAUUUGAAGAACGGAGGCGACCGCUUCAUCACGCCCCAAGCGACCUCCACCCUGACACGCUCCUACAACAACUCCUACAAUGAUUCCUACGGCGAGACACCCGAGAGCCAGUACGUUCGCCACUACGGUCUGCACGAUGGCUACGCCGAUCUGACGGACAACUACGGCAGCCUGUCGCGCGGCGUCAACUUCCGACCGCCACGCUACCCCUACCUGCCCAACAGCUACCGACCUGAGAACAGCUACACGCUGCCAAUCCGCAAGGAUGACUAUGGCCAUGUGGCCCAGCCCCAGGUGCCUAUGGGUAGCAGCACUGUGGAUCUGAACCGCUCCCAGCCAGAGCGCUUCCAGGCUGAGCCAUAUGGCCUGGAGGAUGACCGCCGCAGCUUGGGCCCCGAAGAGGAGGAGCCUUAUGAGCUGGAGCCCGACUACUCCACUGCCAACCGUCGCACCCUACAGGGGGCUAACCGGGGUCGCACCCACCGGGAACCUCUUCGUGACGGACCCCGAGUCAGAGCGUACCCAGAUGACCCCAUUGAGGCAGAGCUGAUCGAUGAGCGCCACCCUUACAUCCACGGCAUGUAUUCGGCGCCCCUGGCACAGCCGGAGAGGGGAAGCAUGGCCAGUCUGGACCGCAUGGGCGGCCGGCGCUCGCCCUCCAUCGACAGCAUCCGCAAGGACCCGCGCUGGCGUGACCCAGACCUUCCCGAGGUCAUCGCCAUGUUGGGCCACCCAAUCGACCCCGUCAAGUCCAACGCCGCCGCCUACCUGCAGCACCUGUGCUACGAAAACGACAAAAUCAAGAAGGAUGUGCGUCAGCUGAAGGGGAUUCCUGUUCUGGUGGGGCUCCUGGACCACCCCAAAUCUGAAGUCCACCGCAAGGCUUGUGGUGCCCUGCGCAACAUCUCCUACGGCAAGGACAAUGACAACAAGGUGGCCAUCAAGAACUGUGACGGGAUCCCGGCCCUCGUCCGCCUGCUGAGGAAGACCAAUGACAUGGAGGUUCGAGAGCUCAUCACUGGAACUCUGUGGAACCUGUCGUCCUAUGAACCCCUGAAGAUGGUGAUCAUCAACCACGGCCUGCAAACCAUGACCAACGAGGUCAUUAUCCCCCACUCGGGGUGGGAGCAUGAGCCGAAUGAGGACUCCAAGCCCCGUGACGCCGAGUGGACCACCGUUUUCAAGAACACCUCCGGCUGCCUGAGAAAUGUGAGCUCAGAUGGGGCAGAGGCUCGGCGCAGACUGAGGGAAUGUGAGGGACUGGUGGAUGCCCUGCUGCACGCUCUUCAAUCAGCCGUAGGGAAGAAAGAUAUGGACAAUAAGUCUGUGGAGAACUGUGUCUGCAUUAUGAGGAACCUGUCCUACCACGUCCACAAAGAGGUCCCGGGGGCCGAAAAGUUCCAGGAUCCAUCAGCGCCACAGGCCCCCGGCUCAGCAGGGCCACAAAGGAAGAAGAAAGAUGAUGCUGGCUGCUUCGGAGGCAAGAAAGCCAAAGGCAGAAAAAACGGUGAGAACGACAAAAACUACGACACAUUGGAUCUGCCCAAGCGCACAGAGCCAUCAAAAGGCUUUGAGCUGCUGUAUCAGCCGGAAGUGGUGAGGCUCUACCUAUCUCUGCUGACGGAGAGCCAGAACUACAACACCCUGGAGGCCGCUGCUGGGGCUCUGCAAAACCUCAGCGCUGGACAGUGGACCUGGUCCAACUACAUCCGAGCCACAGUGCGUAAGGAGAAAGGCCUUCCCAUCCUGGUGGAGCUGCUGCGUUCUGACUCUGACAAGGUGGUCCGAGCUGUGGCCAUCGCUCUGCGCAACCUCUCCAUCGACCGCCGCAACAAGGACCUGAUUGGAAGUUACGCCAUGCGGGACUUGGUCAGUAACCUUCCCAGCGGCCAGCAACGGCCAGCCAAGAACCUGGAGGAGGACACUGUGGUCGCCAUCCUCAACACCAUCCAUGAGAUUGUCACAGACAGCUCUGAAAACGCCCGCUCCCUCAUCCAGGCCCAGGCCAUCGAGAAGCUGGUCGCCAUCAACAGGACCAGCCAAUCAGCUCGAGAAACGAAGGCAGCAUCCCACGUGCUGCAGACAGUGUGGAGUUAUAAAGAGCUGAGGAACGCCUUGACAAAGGACGGCUGGAACAAAAGCCACUUCCAGCCCACAGUGACGGCAACCCCUAAAGCAACCAAGAACGGUAAACCGGGCUACGACGACACCACUCUACCCCUGAUGGAGAAGAACCAAGGCACCAGGAAAUGUGGCAGUGGUGAUAUGAUACCUAUGGAUGAGCUGGGUCCAGAUGGUUACUCCACCAUUGACCAGAGGGACAAAGACUGCAAAUACAAGACAGCUGACAGCUCAGUGGACCUGACAGAACGGGAGCCAUUAAAGAAUGACACAAAUAGGAAACACUAUAUCAGGAGUAACAGGCCUACGGUCAGUCUGGUGGACGCUUGUGAUGUUAAGCCCCAGCCUGUUGACUCCUGGGUCUAAAUGCAUGCAUGGCUUAAUAUUACAACAGUGCAACACCCCAGCUAGAGGAGGAUCUCUCAUAUCACCACUGCCAUUUCACAUGGAGCUCAUCUUUGGAGUUGGACUUUGUACAGAAAAGAGGAUUUAAAAAAAAAAAUACUCACAACAGCGACUACCCAGCAGCAGCCAGCACUCUCAUGCUUUUCAGAAAAAAAGAAAGAAAAAAAAACAUUAAAAAAAGAAUAAAAA